GCUCUGGCUUUUUUUUUUGCUCAGGGAUUAUGGAACUCUAUUGACGAGCCAAGGAACAUUGAUGGCGACCCAGACGCAGAGACAAUCCAUCCACGCCGAGCCGCGCGUCCCGGGACUCGUGAUUGUGCGCAACUUGCUGGACGCGGACGACUGCGAUGGCUUGCUUGCGACCGUGGACGAGUCUCGCUCCGAAGCCGAGGCGCAACGAGCCGCGGUUGCCAUCGCCAACGCGAAUGUCGGAUCCGACCAGGUGGACGACGCUCAGCCGACCAAGGAACACGCGUAUCUCGAUCAGAUGAUGCAUUUUGGCCAGCUUCCGUGGUUUGCCACUUGGGCAGCGGAUCGUGUGGCAAUGGUCCUGCCCCAGGUCAUUGCUGCGCUGCAGAACGAGCACCGCAACGAGUCAGUGCGUCAAGACCAAGAAAUUACAGCACAAGAGGCUCAACAAGCAGAUGUCAAUACUACUAACAUGACACGAGAACUGGAGCUGCAGCGACUCGCAACGCGAUCGCCACUCUUCAACCAGCUCAUCCUGAAUGUCUACUCACCUGGCAAGGGCAUUCGCCCACAUGUCGAUUUGCUACAGUUCGACGAUCUGGUAGUUUCUCUGUCGCUGGGCGCUCCCACCGUCAUGACAUUCAAGCCGAUUUCAGGAGAUGCUUCGCUCGAGCUGUGGCAGCAACAUUGGGCUCGCGAGCGGGCUGCCGGCCACCUUGUACCGCCAGAACGGUCUGGCACCCCAGCGUCUGUCGAAGCAUUUUGCAACACGUUUCCUCACAUGCCAGAAGAGACAGCGGUGGACGUGUGGCUGGCACCUGGCGAUUUGGUCGUGCUUGUGGGACCUGCGCGCUGGCGCUGGACGCACGAGAUUGCAUUCCGCGAUGCUGAUCCCCUCGAAAGCGGAGAGCUUCUACCUCGUGGCUUUCGAACUUCUAUAACUCUGCGAGCACUGCGCGAUUGGACCGGGCAAAACUAGAAACUAGAACAGGAUUGCUGGUUUUGGUGGCCACGUAUCGAGACGAGUAUGUUGCGAUGGAUUGAUUUAAUGAAUGACUCAUGAGCACGAGAAGCAUGGCAAGCGUCUGCUUCACGAUUGUAACUGAAAACAAACAAAAGCCAAGUUCCUUCUUGUGUUACUUCUUGCCGG